UCCCUCAAAACUCUUCUCCUCAAUCUCUCUUUCUCUCCACAUUUUUUAUCUUUAAUAACUCAAACAAAAUUGUGUAUAGUAUUCAAUAUAAACACAUAUUCUUUAUCUCAGACCUGGCUUAAGCAACAGAAAAAACAUGAUGAAUCCUGCGUUAACUCCUACUACUUCCAACACAAAUUGGGUUUGUCAGACCCAUCUUGCCUUCCCUUCUAGAGCCAUGAUUUCGACAAAAAAGCACACUAAAAAAUCAACUGAUUACAUUAAUAUUCAGUCUGCGCUUCAAUCUGCUGCUCCUUCAAUCCUCCAUUUCCCACAUCCAAUACAUGAACCUUAUCCAGUACCUCCUACUACUACUACCUCUAAACCUCAAAAUCGACCUCAAUGGAAUAUCUUCCAGAAGGCUGCAGCUGCGGCCUUGGACUUGGCUGAGUCCGCUCUCCUGACGCGAGAACGGACCCACCCGCUCCCCAAAACAUCCGAUCCCCUGGUGCAAAUUGCGGGGAACUUUGCCCCUGUGCCGGAGCAGCCUGUCAAGCGGGCUCUCCCCAUAAAGGGUGAAAUCCCCGCUUGCAUUGACGGGGUUUACGUAAGAAACGGGGCCAACCCUUUGUUUGAACCCACCGCGGGUCACCAUCUCUUUGAUGGGGACGGAAUGGUUCAUGCCGUCACCAUCCAUAAUGGUGUCGCCAGCUACUCGUGCCGGUUCACUGAGACUAGCAGGCUAGCUCAAGAACGGGAACUCGGGCGACCCGUGUUCCCUAAGUCCAUUGGUGAGCUUCAUGGUCAUUCUGGUAUAGCUAGGCUCAUGCUGUUCUUCUCUCGUAGCCUGUUUGGUCUACUUGAUAGUGAACAUGGCAUGGGUGUUGCUAACGCUGGCUUGAUUUACUUCAAUGGGCGCUUACUUGCUAUGUCAGAAGAUGAUAUACCUUACCAACUAAGGGUCACCCCAGCGGGUGACCUUAGAACGGUGGGAAGGUUCGAUUUCGACGGACAAUUGAAAUCGACGAUGAUUGCUCACCCUAAAUUAGAUCCUGAGUCGAAAGAGCUCUUCGCUCUCAGCUACGAUGUUAUCAAAACACCGUACCUGAAAUACUUUAAAUUCACACAAGAUGGCGAGAAGUCUCCUGACCUGGAGAUCCCACUGAAUGAGCCUACAAUGAUGCAUGAUUUCGCAAUCACCAAGAACUUUGUUGUGAUUCCGGACCAACAGGUUGUGUUCAAGAUGAAGGAAAUGAUAACUGGAGGAUCACCAGUUGUGUACGACAAGAACAAAACAUCUCGUUUUGGUGUCAUGCGUAAAGACGCAAAAAACGCAUCAGAAAUUACCUGGGUGAACUCACCUGACACCUUCUGUUUCCACCUUUGGAACGCCUGGGAAGAGCCAGGGACUGAUGAGAUUGUUGUCAUUGGCUCAUGUAUGACACCCCCAGAUUCUAUCUUUAACGAGUGCGAUGAAAAUCUCAAGAGUGUGCUAUCCGAAAUCCGGCUCAAUAUACGGACGGGUCGUUCAACCCGUCGAGCAAUUAUUGAUUUUAACCAGCAUGAUCAUAUAAACCUCGAGGCUGGAAUGGUAAACCGCAAUUUUCUUGGAAGGAAAACCCGGUUCGCUUACUUGGCAAUCGCUGAACCUUGGCCUAAGGUGUCUGGGUUUGCCAAGGUAGAUUUGGUAACAGGGGAGGUAAAAAAGUUUCUGUACGGCGGGGAAAAGUACGGUGGUGAACCUUUCUUUUUACCGCGCGAUCAUAGUAACUUAGACGAGCCAUCAUCCGAGGAUGAUGGCUACGUCAUGGGAUUUGUUCAUGACGAGAAUAAAGGCACUUCAGAAUUAGUGAUAGUAAAUGCUACAAAUUUACAAGAAGAAGCCUCCGUUAAAUUGCCUUCUAGAGUACCUUAUGGUUUCCAUGGUACAUUCGUAAGAUCCGAGGAGUUGAUUCAUCAAGCUUAACAGAUCGGUGAUCGAUUUGUAGCAUGGUAAUUUUUUGGUAGCAGACGUGACCGUGGUAAUAAGUGGAAAGCUACGUCGAUGAUGAUCAAUAUUUACCAUGGUACUAUUUUUACCGUGGUCGAUUACGGUCUAUUCUUACCAGGGUAACAUUUUUUGCCGUGGUCAAUUAUGAUCAAUUUUUAUCAUCAUAAACGGUGAUUGAAAGGUUGUUAAACAAAGGAGAGUAAAAUUACCCAGAGGGAUGGUGGAUGAAAAAGGGGUCCCCGGGACUCUCCUGGAAAUCUACUUCAACCAUGUAACAAGCCAACUUUGCUUUUCUUUGUUUUCGUAGUACAUAUUUGGCUUAAACGAUAUUUUUUUGUUUUUAUUUGGAGGACCAACAUGGACAGUAAUAGGGACAAGUUAGCUAGGGAUUAGUACUUGGUGAUUUUUGUUCUUUUAGUUUAAAGUUUAGUAAUGGAGUGUGAUAUUUUAGAUGUAGAUGAUAAUUGGUGUUGCAGUUUAGCAGCAAAGGUUUCUGCUGCCUUGCUCAUUUUAUUGUAUAGGCAUGCGAGUGGCCGGAUAUAAUAACAUCAGUUUUGAUUA